AUUCCCAGUUGAAGUGUCGAACAAGGUAGACAAAACGUUCAAACACACAAUCAAACUUAAAACCCAAGUCUUGGCGCCGUAUUUUCAAAAAAAAAAAAAACAAAAGUUCCAACUCUCAAAACCUUACACCAACCAUAAUUUUGUUUUCUUCUAUUUUUGUGAACGUUGUGUGAUAAAAUAUCACUAGUAAUCAGUAGUUGGCCGAAGCGUACGGAUUAUAGCUGUUGUUCCCUCCACAUCUCUCGAUACCUGUAACACCUUUUCAUCGAAGCCAAUAGUUGACGACAGAUAUUAGUGGCAAUUAGUUUUCUAAGAGAAGAAAAUUAUUUAAGUACCAAACGGAUAUUUAAAAAAACAUAAAAAUAUUUUUUUGAACUAUCAAAAAACAACAAAACACACAAAAUAUCAAACAAAAUGAGACAUCACACAGUUUUACUUGCCUGCCUAUGCAGUACUAUUGCCAUAGUAUCAGCCGUUCCUCUACCUGCCAAUAAUCAAGAAUUGGAUGUGCUGCAGAUUCCACUACAAAAUGGAAAGGAAUUAGAUGUGCUCACAUUAGGAACAGAAGCAGAAUUAGCCGAAAGAAAUAAGAGAACGGUUGGUCUAUUGAGAGAUCUCUUCCCAGACAUCACAAAGCAAAUCGACGAUCAAGCAAAUCGUAUCAUUUCGAAACUCCUACGCGUCCUUGGGCCAACAGUACUACGUACUGCUAUUCAAGGCAACAGUGCCAAUCGGGCACGUACUGAUUUCGAUGCCGACUUUGAUGAUGACGAUGAUGAUAGUAGUUCCAGUUCCAGUAGUUCCUCUUCUUCUUCGUCGUCGGGUACAAAAGUUUCAAUUGAAUUACCGACAUUUAGCCCUGAAGAUAGCAAUGAAGAUACCGACAGUUCUUCAACUACAACAACAACAACACCAUCAACGUCAUUUGCUGCUGAUGAUGAUGAGAAUGCAAAUCAAUCGGGCGAUGGAGCGUCAUUUGAUUUAGAAUUGUUAAAUAAACAAUUAGAAGAGACAAUUCGCGUUGCCCGACAAGCUAGCCAACAAGCAGCAGCUGAAGGUGCCGCCGCUGAAGCUGAACAAAAACUAACAUCUACCAAUGAAGUCCAAACUAGCAGUGUUAGCAAUGAUCAAAAAACUGCCGAAUCUAAAUCACCAGCUAUUGAUGAUCUAAAUUUGGACUCGAAUGAAGAUUCUGUUGAUAUUGAUGAUCGUAAUAAGAGAUUCUUAGCUUUUGGAGGACAGGCAGCUGCUGGUGGAGCUGAUGGUGGCAACAAAGGAAACUCUGGAAAUUUCUUGUUUGAUAUUGUGAGACUUUUUGGAGGAAGUGUACAAACCCAAACUGGUGAUGAGGCAGCCAAUGCACCAAGCAGCAGUAGCAGCACAGAUGAUUCAACUGACAGCAACGACACCGAUAGUUCUCGAACUGCCGAUGGCUACACUGAAGGCAUUCCCGGACCUGUAACCAGGCUGGUUGUUCUUGCCAACCGUGGUUUAGCCAAUCUUAUUCAAGAUUUAAUUCUCCGCAUUGCUGCAACAAGUGAACGUUUGGUGAACUUCAAGGCACGACUUAUCACAGCACUCAUUUAAGUCAGUCUCAUUGAAAAAAAGCUCAUCUGGCUUUAAGAAAAACCAAAACUGAUUUUAAAUGGCAUGCAUCCUAUCGUGCCAAUUCUAAUUUAAAUGAAACAAAAAUUAUAUCAACAACGAAACACUUUUUACAUUACCAUACUCGAAAACAAAUUGAAAACAAAAACAAAACAAAAAAAAAAAAAUUAAUUUAUUUAUAACAAAUUCGUUGUUUAGCUAUAUUAUUUACCUUUCUAUACUUUUCUUUUCUAUUCUUCAAAAAAGUCUUCUUCUUCUCUUCUUUUUCAUUAAAUGAUUACCAAUCGCUUUUAAGGUUAUGUUACUGCUCAAUUAGUCUUAAAUUCAAAAGCUUUAGACUAUACCCAGCUUAAUACUCAUUUUAUACAUCUUUUUUCCUUCCUUUUUCUUUUCUACUUUUCCUUCUAUUCUUCUACAGUAUCUACAAAACAAUUGUAAAUAUUUUUAAUGACUGUGGUGUAUUUCUUUUAUUUUAUAUAAUUUUUUUAUAAUUUUUUUUGUAUAUUUAAAUUUAUUGAGGCUGGAUUGAAAACCCUAUAAUUCCCUUCUCAAUAAUAUCUCUGAUGGUAGUCAAAGUCACAAAAAAAAUCUAUAAAUAUGUAUAAAAAAAACUGUUUUUUGUUGUUAAAUAAAAAUAUUUGUUAAAAAAAAAAGAGAAAGAGAGCUGAUCCUUGCUUAUUUCGUCGGAGAGGUCUGUUACCUAUAUGUAAAUGUUUAUAAAUAUAUUUUUUUUUUUUGUUUUUUAUUAUUUUUUUUUAUUUUAAUGGAGAAUUAAGUUAAAUGACAAACACAAACAAAAAAAUUAAACAAAAUAAUUAACAAAAAAUGGAAAAAAUGUGAAAUUAUUAUUUUAUACAUGUUUUAUAAAUAAUAUUUAAGUUUUAGUUUUUAACAAGAAAAAAAAAUGGAUUAAAAUACAAAAAUUGUAUAUUUUAAUAUUAUACCAAUUGUUUUUAUUUUUUUUUUUGCAUUUUUUACUAUUCAAUUAAAACUUUUGAUUAAUUUCUGAUAAUUGAAUAAUAUGCAUGAGUGCAGUAUCCCCGGGCUUAUUGUUUAAGUUGAAUUUUUUAUUUUUUAUAUGGUUUUGUUUGUAUUUUGGUAAAAAUGGAAAAAUCAAUAUAAGAUAUUUUUGAUAAUAAUAAAUCGAAACGCACACAAUUAAUACAUACAAAUGCAUAAUCUACACGCAAUCUUAUGACUUAUUCUAAGUGAUACGAAAAACAGAAAAAAACUGAAACAAAUGAAAGGGAGAUUUUAGGAAAAAGAAAUGAAAAACUACUAUUUUUAUCAUAUUUUCAAUUGUUGUAAGAUUUAAAAGAUAAAUUGUAAAUAAAUGAUUAGAUAUUA